AUGGGUGGAGAAGCCCCGCAUAUCGUCCCCACUCCAGCUACGAAGACCCUCCCUGUACUAGCGGAGCGACCGGUCGGCCAGCGUAUCACGAAAAUCUACACCGAUCGAUUGAAGCAGUUCACAGCAAAGGGCCAAUAUGAAGGCCAGAACCUCGUUUCCAAAUAUUUCGAAGCUGUCAACUCCGAUGAGGACCAUGUCAAGCUCUCCGUGUAUUCCGUCCCCGACCAGCAGCGACCGACUUUCGAGGAAGCGACGUCGCAUGAAUUUAAGCCAACUCGAAUCGGCGAAUCAUUUGGACCUAGUUGGUCGACGCAUUGGUUCCGUAUCAAGCUCACUGUACCGGAGGAUAUGCGCCACAAGGAACGACUAGAAUUUCACUGGGAUGCAAACAAUGAGGGAUUGGUGUGGACAGAGGACGGUCGGCCAUUACAGGGUCUGACUGGUGGCGGCGAGAGAGUUGAAUGGAUCAUUCCCGAUGAAUGGCGCGAUGGGAAAGAGCAUACAUUCUAUAUAGAGAUGGCCUGCAAUGGCAUGUUUGGCAACGCCCCCGGAGGCGACUCUAUCCAGCCACCAAGACCAGACAAGUCGUAUCAACUCAACACAGCACGAAUUACUGCCGUCAAUCUUGCGGCUCGAGCCCUCUAUUACGAUUUCUGGAUUAUUGGAGAUGCUGCUCGUGAAUUUCCUGGGGAUUCGUGGGAGGCACAUGAGGCCAAUAUUAUCGGCAAUUCCAUGAUCGAUGUUUUCAUUGCGGGCAAUGGAAGCCAGGAGUCUAUUCUCGAGGCUCGGAAGAUCGGCCAAAAAUAUCUUGGAGACAAAGUUGACUCUGCAGACGUCUAUAAGGCAGACACCGAUCCAUAUGUUUAUGCUAUCGGCCAUUGCCACAUUGAUACCUGCUGGUUAUGGCCUUGGGCAGAGACGAAGCGGAAGGUCGCACGUUCGUGGUCAAACCAAUGCGAUCUGAUGGACCGGUACCCGGAGCAUCGAUUCACUUGCUCCCAAGCCCAGCAAUUCAAAUGGCUGCAACAAUACUACCCGACUGUAUUCGACCGCGUCAAGCGUUGGGUGCGUAAGGGCCAUUUCCAACCGAUCGGUGGUAGCUGGGUUGAGCAUGACACCAACAUGCCCAGUGGCGAAUCUCUAGUGAGACAGUUCCUCUAUGGUCAACGAUUCUUUGAAAGCCAUUUUGGAAGUCGCUGCACUACAUUCUGGCUGCCAGAUACAUUCGGGUACUCGACUCAAAUCCCUCAGAUCUGCCGUCUUGCUGGAAUGAGUCGGUUCUUUACCCAAAAGCUGAGCUGGAACAACAUUAACAACUUCCCCCACACGACCUUCCAGUGGGUAGCCCUUGAUGGUAGUCAAGUGCUGUGCCACAUGGCGCCUGCUGAGACAUAUACCGCAGAAGCCCAUUUUGGGGAUCUCAAGCGCAGUGUCACACAACACAAGUCUUUGGAUACGGAUAAAUCCUCUCUGCUCGUUUUUGGAAAGGGUGAUGGAGGUGGUGGUCCUACUUUCGAACACCUGGAAAAGCUCCGUCGCUGCCGUGGUCUUUCGGACAAAGUUGGCACCCUACCACGAGUCAAAAUGGGUGAUUCGGUCGAUGACUUCUUUGACAAGUUAGAGAACAACGCAGCCAACGGCACGGAGUUUGCAACCUGGUAUGGCGAGCUAUACUUCGAGCUUCACCGUGGUACAUACACUACCCAGGCAAACAACAAACGCAAUAAUCGAAAGUCGGAAUUCCUGCUCCGGGAAAUCGAGCUAUUGGCUACCUUGGCUACUGUUCGUGGAACAGAUAAAGGCUACAAGUACCCCAAGAAGGAGAUUGAUGAAAUGUGGGAGGGUACACUCCUUUGUCAAUUCCAUGACUGUCUACCCGGGAGCUCAAUCGAGAUGUGUUACGAUGACUCCGACAAGCUUUAUGCGGAGAUUUUUAAGACUGGCUCACAAGUGCGUCAGGAUGCUCUUACUGCACUGGGAAUAAAUAUCCGUGCAGGCAACCAAGAUUUGGUGGCCCUCAACACACUUCCCUGGCCUCGUUCCGAAGUUGUCAAGAUUCCUGGGCCUAUCAUUACCUCGAAUGGGUCAGAGUAUGUCAUGGUCAAUGGGCCAACCGGAGUUGUUCCAUGCAAUCAAGUCGACUUCAAGACCACAAACGCGGUGACUAUUAGUCAAACAGAGCCUGGAGUUUUCCGUCUUAACAAUGGCAAGCUUCGAGUCGAUGUCCAGGACGGUGUCAUCACUUCGCUCUUCGACGUUGAGGCGAAGAGAGAAGUGCUCGCAAAGGGUGGGAAGGCUGGCCAACUAGUCAUCUUCGAUGAUAAACCUCUCUACUGGCAAGCCUGGGAUGUUGAAGUCUUCCACCUCGAGUCGCGCAAGGAACUCCCUCGCGGCAAAACCGUUAUUGCAGAAAACGAUCCUCACCGAGUGAGCCUGGUGACAGAAACUAAGAUCAGUGACAAGAGCUGGGUUAAGACUACUAUCAGCCUUGCUGCUUCUGUUUCAUCUGAGCCAUCAUUUGUUGAAUUCGAAAGCGAGGUUGAAUGGCAAGAGACGAUGAAGUUCCUCAAGGUGGAGUUCCCAGUGGAUGUUACCAACACUGAGGCAUCAUACGAAACCCAGUAUGGUAUCGUUCGUCGUCCAACCCACUAUAACACAAGGUAUGUCUAUUCUACACCAUUUGCCAUCCGCGAUACUAAUAAAAACUUCUUCAGCUGGGAUAUGGCCAAGUUUGAAGUUUGUUGCCACAAAUGGGCUGAUCUCUCCGAGAAUGGCUAUGGUGUUUCGAUCCUCAACGACUCCAAGUAUGGCUUCGCUACAUGUGGCAAUCUCAUGCGUCUUUCAUUGCUCCGUGCACCUAAGGCUCCGGACGCCCAUGCGGAUAUGGGCCGCCAUAGCAUUCGAUAUGCUAUCCUUCCCCACUCCGGUGCUCUUGAUGAGCGGACAGUUCGCGCAGGAUAUAACUUCAACCACCCACUUGCUGUUGAACAAGCUAGUUCACAACUUUCAGCAGCCCAUGCGGCCUUUAAGAGUGUUUCUAUCAAGGAUACCUCCUCUAUUAUUCUGGAUGUUGUCAAGCGUGGCGAGGACGAUGAAGAUGUUUCUACUGGUGGUAUUCCCGCCCGUCAAGGUAAGAGUGUUAUUUUGCGCGCUUAUGAGUCCCUGGGUGGUAAGGCUCGGACAUCUAUCCAAAGUACUCUGCCAGUCAAGCGCGUCUGGAAGUGCAAUGUCCUCGAAGAUGACGAGGAUGAACUGGAGUUCUCAAAGGCAGACGGGGGUAUCGUGGUUGACAUUGAAUUGAGGGCGUUUGAGAUUGCUACUUUCCGAUUGCAGCUGUGA